UCCAAAAUUGAUUAGAUUCACAUUAUCAUAACAUAACUAUGGCUAAAAUGAUUAUUCCAAUUGUGAAAGCUUGUUUCAUAAUCUUGAGCUUUGUUGGAAUAGUCUCAGCUCAAUUAUCCCCUAAUUUUUACGUAAACACGUGCCCUCUUGCGCUUUUAACCAUUAGGUCAGGAGUACUUGCUGCUGUGGUAGCUGAAGCUCGCAUGGCGGCAUCACUGCUUCGUCUUCAUUACAGUGAUUGUUUUGUUCAGGGUUGUGAUGCAUCAGUAUUGUUAGACGAUACGUCAAGUUUCACAGGUGAAAAAACAGCAACCCAAAACGCGGAUUCCUUGAGAGGUUUUGAUGUAAUUGACAACAUUAAAUUUCAACUUGAAGCUGUAUGUCCUGGUGUUGUCUCUUGUGCUGAUAUUCUUGCUGUAGCUGCAAGAGACUCUGUUGUCGUACUAGGUGGACCUAGUUGGACAGUUCAAUUAGGGAGAAGAGACUCAACCACAGCAAGUUUAGAUUCUGCAAAUUCAGAUUUACCUGAUCCGGAUUCAGAUUUAAACGAUCUUAUUACUGCUUUUUCAGGGAAAGGUUUCACUACCAAAGAAAUGGUUACUCUAUCAGGAGCUCAUACAAUCGGUGAAGCGCGUUGUAUAUCCUUCAGAGACAGGAUUUACAACGACAACAACAUAGAUCCGACAUUUGCAACAUCAUUGAAAGGAAGUUGUCCAACCUCAGGUGGUGACAACAAUUUGUCACCACUUGACUCCACCACGCAAAACCUAUUUGAUAAUUCUUAUUAUAAGAACUUGCAAAUCCAGAGGGGUCUCUUACACUCAGAUCAGGAACUUUUCAAUGGUGGUUCCACAGAUUCUCAAGUAGAGUCUUAUGCUAACAACUUUGCAAGUUUUAUGGCUGAUUUCGCCAAUGCAAUGGUCAAAAUGGGAAGCCUUAGCCCACUUACUGGGGACAAUGGUGAGAUAAGGCAGAAUUGCAGGGUGGUCAAUUAAGGUUUUGGGAGUUUUGAGAACAUAAUGAUGAUAAUCAAUGUGUGCUUUUAUUAGUGUGCAGUUGUGUAUUUAUUAUUGAAUUGUCAAUGUUUUCAUAAAUGUAACGUGCUUAAGUUUAAUAUGGAUCAAUUUUAAUGUUUACUUGUGUAAUGCAUGGGGUAUUAUUAUAUGUAAUGUGUCCCGUUUUUGUGCCGACAUAAACUCUUUCAUUCCAAACAAUUUGGAGGCGGAUAGUUAUGGGUGGUGCAUCAAUCCGGAAAAGGAGUUUUCGGUAAGUAGCAUUUCGGAUAUAGUUAAUGAUUCCAAAUCUUUUGUUUGGCCAAACCACUUGUUUACUUUGUUGAAAGUGAUGUGGGAGUUAAAAAUUCCUCCUAAAAUGAAAAUUUCUGCUUGGAGAUUUUUCAUCGAAAAAAUUCCUUUCAAAGAUGAAUUGUUGAAAAGAGGAGUUUCUUGCAUCUUAAAUUUGGAUUGUGUGUUUUGUGAUAAUCAUCCGGAAGUGUUUUCUCAUCUCUUUUUUAGUUGUUAUGUGGUGAAAGAGAUUUGGACAAACAUGUAUGGUUGGUUGGGCAUUAAGGAGGUCUUAACCGAAGCGGAGUUUUUGGAUUUUGGAGCCAUCCAAGACAAAGUGAAAAAUGCUAAUCAUAGGUUGAAGAUAAACAUUGUUUGGAUUGCUAUUAUUUGGUGUAUUUGGAUCAUGAGGAAUGCCAUAAUCUUCAAGGGGGAAGCUUUCAGUUUCGAUGUGGUUUGUUCUAACAUCAUUUUUCUAUCGUGGAGAUGGUUGUCUUUUGGUUACCCUAAGUUUAGUGUCAUUUAUUACGAAUG